UUAAAAAAAAAAUCCCAAACGGCCGUCUAGUUGCUUCCUUCCUCGCUGCGCCGACGAUCCUCCUCAGAUCGCCGCCAUGUUGAGAGUCACGGCCGCGAGGCGACUCUCUCCCUUCCUCCUCUACUCGCGCCUACCGAACCCGAACCCUAACCCUAACCCUAACCUCUCUUCCUCCUCUCCCCUCCUUCCUCCUCCUCCUUCGACCCCUUUCCCCUUUUCCUACCUCGGCGACUCCUUACUCGGCCAAAACCCAGCUCUUCUCCCCGCUUCGUGUCUCCGAUGCGCGUCCUAUCACCGGAGCAUCGAGCUCGAUCGGCCGGCCGUGGGCGGCGGAGAAGCCCCCGCCGCCGGUUUCGCCGCCGCAUCUACGGCCGAGGCGGCGGCGGUGCUCGGAUCUCUUGAAUCGGCGCCAUCUUCGAUCUCUCAGAAGGUCAAGGACGCCUCCGACGCCCUUCGACACUACGGACGCUGCUACUGGGAGCUCUCUAAAGCGCGACUCAGCAUGCUCGUUGUUGCAACUUCUGGAGCAGGCUAUGUUCUUGGGAGUGGCAACAUAGUAGAUGUUGCUGGACUCUGCUGUACAUGUGCUGGCACAAUGAUGGUUGCGGCAUCUGCAAAUACUCUAAACCAGGUGUUUGAGGUAGAGAAUGACUUUAAAAUGAAAAGAACGAGGCUGAGGCCGCUACCUUCGGGGCGCAUUUCUGUGCCUCAUGCAGCCUUAUGGGCUUCUAGUAUUGGAAUUGCAGGGACAACUUUAUUGGCUUGGAAGGCUAAUACUCUAGCAGCAGGUCUUGCUGCUUGUAAUCUUGUCCUCUAUGCAUUCGUGUAUACUCCACUAAAGCAGAUACACCCUGUAAAUACAUGGGUUGGAGCUAUUGUUGGUGCCAUUCCUCCACUUCUUGGAUGGGCGGCAGCUUCAGCUGAGGUGUCAGCCAAUGCAAUGAUUCUCCCUGCUGCUUUAUAUUAUUGGCAGAUACCCCAUUUUAUGGCCCUUGCCUACCUUUGUCGUAACGAUUAUGUUGCUGGAGGGUUUCGGAUGUUCUCUUUUGCCGAUGCUUCUGGUAAGAGAACGGCAUUGGUAUCCUUCCGUAAUUGCCUCUACCUGCUUCCACUGGGGUUUCUGGCAUAUGAUUGGGGUCUCACUUCCGAGUGGUUCGCCCUUGAAUCAUCACUCCUCACAUUAUGUAUAAGCAUUGCAGCUCUCUUAUUUGUCCGCGAGAGAACCGCCAAGAAUGCUAGGAGGAUGUUCCAUGCUAGCCUCUUGUAUCUUCCCGUUUUUAUGUCCGGACUGCUACUGCAUCGCCUACCCAACUUACAACACGAAGACACAAUCACUGAACAAGCUAGAAUAGAUGAGGUUCUCAAUGAAGGUGAAUUACUCCAUGAAGAUGAGCACGCCAGAAGCAGUAAUUCCAGAAAUCGGAUAUCUCGUGCUCAAUCUCGACCACCUGUUGCCUAUGCAUCAGUUGCCCCUUUUCCUUUCUUGCCCGCUCCCUUAUAUAUUCCCCAUGAUUUGUGAGUUGCUCGAUUGCUAUGUAAAUUCCUUUUUGCACUUUAAAGGUUCUUCUUUUCAAGAUAAAGAAGAACGGCUUGUUGUAGAGGCCGGUUUAAUAAUUUUAAUGAGGUGAGAUCCAUGCCUUCUUGUAAACAGAAAGAGUUUCUUGCUCGCUCCAAGUAUUACAUAUUGCGCGAAAUGAACAUGGAUGAGAACUCUAUUAGGGGCGUUUGCUUGUAACCCCAACCUGUGGUCCACUUACAUUUUGAUGAUUUGUUUAAACCUGAUUUUUGUGCUUGAGCUAUUACUAA